GUACCGCCGCCCGCCGCGCCUGCGCACGGAGCCGCCGCCUGCCCCUCGUUGCUGCGUUCGUUCCUGGGCCGCGUCGCGGGAGGCAGCGGGCCGGAGUGGGCCUGCCACACAGGUGAGUCCAGGGCAAGCAUGAGUCUCUUUGGAGCAACGUCAGGGUUUAGUACUGGAGGUACCAGCAUGUUCGUCAGUACGACUGCAGAUAACCAUAACCCGAUGAAGGAUAUUGAAGUAACAUCCCCACCUGAUGACAGCAUAUCUUGUUUAGCAUUUAGCCCACCAACAUUGCCGGGUAAUUUCCUCAUUGCAGGAUCAUGGGCAAACGAUGUUCGCUGCUGGGAAGUUCAGGAUAAUGGACAGACAAUUCCAAAGGCUCAGCAGAUGCACACAGGGCCUGUACUAGAUGGCUGCUGGAGUGAUGAUGGGAGUAAAGUAUUUACUGCUUCCUGUGACAAAACUGCUAAAAUGUGGGAUCUCAACAGUAACCAAGCUAUUCAGAUUGCACAACAUGAUGCUCCUGUGAAGACUAUCCACUGGAUUAAAGCACCAAAUUAUAGCUGUGUCAUGACAGGAAGCUGGGAUAAAACUUUGAAGUUCUGGGACACCCGUUCACCAACACCUAUGAUGACAUUGCAGCUCCCUGAAAGAUGUUAUUGUGCAGAUGUGGUUCAUCCUAUGGCUGCUGUGGCCACUGCAGAAAGGGGUUUGAUAGUUUAUCAGUUAGAGAAUCAACCUUCUGAAUUUAGAAGAAUAGAAUCUCCUCUUAAACACCAGCAUCGCUGUGUUGCUAUUUUUAAAGACAAAGUGAACAAACCUACUGGAUUUGCCCUUGGAAGUAUUGAAGGAAGAGUAGCUAUUCAUUAUAUCAACCCCCCAAAUCCUGCAAAAGAUAAUUUCACUUUUAAAUGUCAUCGCUCCAAUGGAACCAACACGUCAGCACCUCAGGAUAUCUAUGCUGUAAAUGGGAUAGCAUUUCAUCCUGUCCAUGGUACUCUUGCCACAGUAGGAUCUGAUGGUAGAUUCAGCUUUUGGGAUAAAGAUGCCCGAACGAAGCUAAAAACAUCAGAACAACUUGACCAGCCGAUCUCUGCUUGUUGUUUCAACCAUAAUGGCAACAUAUUUGCAUAUGCUUCCAGUUAUGAUUGGUCAAAGGGUCAUGAAUUUUACAACCCACAAAAGAAAAACUACAUUUUUCUGCGAAAUGCAGCAGAAGAGUUAAAGCCUAGGAAUAAGAAGUAGUGAGUAUGAGUCUGACUUGGAUUACUCUACUGAUUUUCUGCCAUUCCUGCCUCUACUCCACUGCUUUUCUGCCAUUCGUGCCCUAUUGCACCAUGGUUCAGUCAACGUUGGAUCGCUAACAUUUAGCAGGAACUGUAAAAAUGACAUUAAAUGUAUUCUGACUUGGAGAACAUUUUUGCAAAUUAGAUGUUCCAAUGUGUAUAAGAAAGCAAGGCUGGUAUUCAUAUGACUUAGCCACUGUCUGUUCCACAGCAAUAAUUGCAGCAAAUCUAAAUCUGGGUUAGAUAUUCCUGCUUAGAAGUGCUACCAUUUGUAUCUAUGGAUUUAUUUUAUUAGUACUACAUUGAAAUAUGUUAAUUAUAAUGGUUCUGGGGAAGUUGUAUAAAUAGUGUAUUUUUUGUAAGUACUUGAAGAAUUGCAAGUAAUUCUUCUCAAAGGAGUCUUGUUAUUACUUGUUAUUCAGGGGUUCUUUAAUUGCUUUCUGAUUUUUUUAAAUGGGAACAUUGUCUACUGUAUACCAGGAAGAAAUGCUCUGCAAAUUGCUUUUCCUCAGUUUUUGGAUGAAUUUGGUAAGUAUGUAAGAGGCCAAUACAGUGACGGAAACUUGAGACAGAAAGUGAGCACAGUGCAAAUUCUACUUUAGUUUUUCUCAUAGUCCAGUAAUGGACAUGACUUCUGAGCCAUCAGUACUCAUGCUUACUGUAGUAUGAAGGAGAAAUUGUCAGUUGUGCCAAGUGAUAGGUAGUUCAGUAAUAGGAGCAAACAGGUAGAAGAGUUUUGUUCAUGACCAAACCAAUGUAUGCAAAGUACUCAUGGCCUAAACUCUUUUAAAACUGGCACCUGUUAGAGUUAAAAGUUGGUUCUUUUACAUCUCUCUUAGCAUAUUUUUGUCCCUUAAGAGGGGUUUCUGGACUGAAAAAAAAAAACCAACCCCAAAAUCAAACCAAACUCAUUUUUGUGUUAACUAGAAAAUAGUGCUGGUGAGUUUCAUCCUGAUGAAAAAUCCUGUGAAACAAAAGAAGUGGGUCUCUUUCUGACUUGAAUCUGACUGUUUACUUUUACCUAGCCAGUUGUAUACAUGCCAAAGUUUUCUUUUUAGAAGUGAAUGUUUAUUAUUCCUCUUUAACUAUUGUUUGAUAACAACAAAAUAAAAAUAGAGGGGUGCAUGUAGAGAAAUACCUGUCAUAUUGUACAAAUUCUCUGUAAAACUGUAUGUUGUAAUGCUUAAGGCUAUGGAUUUGUGCUGCAUUUCAAAUAAAAUUUCUACUAAAUGCU